UUGUCACCUCCUGCCCUGCAGAACUUCUGGGCCCAGGGCCGGGAGCUGGACCUGUGGGGACCAUUCCUUGAUUUGGGCUUUAUGCCUCAGUCUAUACAAGCAGCGUAUCAUCUGACCCUGAGCCUGCUAGACAUUCGCUUAGGAUUGUGGGCAGCCCUCAGCCAGGGAGCUGGUCAGCUAUCAGGGCUGGUUAGCCACCAUGACUGAGGAGAAGACCUUCCGAAUCGGCUUCAUCAUUCUGGGCCUUUUCCUGCUGUCCCUCGGCACGUUCCUUAUGAGCCACGAUCGACCCCAGGUCUACGGUACCUUCUACGCUAUGGGGAGCAUCAUGGUGAUUGGGGGCGUCAUCUGGAGCAUGUGCCAAUGCUAUCCUAAGAUCACCUUCGUGCCGGCAGACUCUGACCUUCUGUCCCCAAAGGCCCUGAGCCUGAUGGAGAACAGGCUUUUGGAGGUGAAAAGCCCCCAACCCCCCUAUGUCAGGCUGUGGGAAGAAGCCGCCUAUGACCAGAGCCUUCCAGACUUCACACACGUCCAGAUGAAGGUCCUGGGCUACAGUGAGGACCCUAGGCCCCUGCUGGCCACUGAGCUGAAGACGGGAGUUGGACAUGGUGGGGAAGGCGAGCCUCGUACUGCUCAGGCCUGGAUGGAGGCAGCAGUGGUCGUCCACAGGGGCUUGGAUGAGAAUGAGGGGGAAAGAUCUCGUGCCCAGAGCAGCCCUCCAACGUGUUCCCAAGGCUCUGCACCCUUGGCCUCAUUCCAAGAUGAGCUGGACAUGGGUUCCAGCGAAGGCAGCAGCCCUCACCCAUCCCCAUCCAACAGAGAUGAGCCACACCUACAGGUGUUCUGGGCCAGCAGGGGUCCACUGGAUCACUUUAGUGACUUUGCUCUCAUUGAUGACACCCCCACAUCAGAGGACAUGGUCCUGGAGGGGCAGGUGCGGGAGGCCGCUCUGUCCAGCAAGCAGCGGCAGUCCCUGAGGAUGAAGGAGAAGGAGAGUGUCCAUGCAAGUGCAGAGGAACCUGAGCAGGAGGAGGAAGACCUCUACUAUGGGUUACCAGACAGCCCUGGGGACCCCCUCCCCGACAAAGAGCUGGACUUCGAGCCCGAUGCCCAGGGCUGAGAUGAACGGCUUCCUGGGUCUAGCCUGGUGGCACGGCUCUCUUCAUGUGACCCCACCAAGCUUCAGUUUUCCACCUCCCAAAAUGGGACUGUAUGGAGGGUCAAGUGAGGCAAUGAGCUGAAGAAUCUUGGGAACUGAAAAGAACACACAUGGGGGCUACAAUCACACACCCCCCACACACACACAGUGAGCAGAUGCUUCCAGGUGUAGCUUGUUGUGCUGAUCUGGAGGAAAAGUGGGCUUUUCUGAGGUCCCGGGUUACAGACAGACCCUCGGAAGCCCUUUCCAUGUCCUAAUGCUGGCCUUUGAUUGGGCCCUUCUGUGGUGCUACCCAGGGCCCCUGCUCCUUCUUGGAGGCUGAUCAGGGCCCUGUGUCUAUUGAGGUUUGUUCCUUUGAUGUGAUGGGUAGUUUGACUCACCCCACUAGGAGCUGAUGAGGUCUCCUGGCUCAGUUUCAUUAGCAGGUCCCCUGCUCUGGGUUCUGUGAUGCUCUGUGAUUGACCUCUGCUGACCUAACCUGACCUCUAGACCUAACCUGGUCCUGCCUGUUCCUGCAGCUGCCACUAUCCCAUGUCCAUGCUAUCUUCUUCCAUUGUGCUGGGGAAAUUCACUCAUUCCUAUCUCCUGGCCUAAGUGUCCUUCUUCCAGCUUUCCUGACGUUCCGACUCCAAGAUGAGAAUGUUCUCUCUGGGGCUUGGGUAUCAGUUUCUGUGGCCCGUUGUUUGCCAUGGCCCUGGGACAACUUCUUGGCCUCAUUGACCAUAGUUCCCAGGGGAUGCUGAGCAGGUGCAGAUCUCAGCAGGUCUGGGAAGCUUUGCAGAUAAUGUCACCCUCCCCAGUUUUGACAAGUAUGGCCUCUUAGUCUCUGGCCCUCACUUUUCUAAAGGCUUCUGUACAGUCACGAAAACCAGGCACAAAGUUGCCUGAAGAAUCCAGCAGCAGCUUGCAGAACACACUUGCACUGACUUACAGGGGGCAAAAUUCAGCUGCUGGAUUAAUUCCACUUGAUGCCUUUGGCAUUUCCUGAGCAUCUGUUAUAUGCCAGGCACUCACCUUGGAAAGAGACAUUGGUCCCAAAGGGUUCACAAUCUUGUGAGCUUGCUGACUUGUAAGUCAGAGCACAGAGCAGAAGCUGGGGUAGGAGCUGAGUCACCCCGGGAGAGCUGGCAAAGCCCUUUGCUCUUAGCCCAGGAUAGAGGAAACGACAGGGAGGCAGGUGCUGCUGCCUCCUCCAGCCAACUCCACACACUUAGAGCUGUUGUGAGGCAUCUAGGAGCAGGGGUCGGAUGAAGGUUGGAGAUCCCAGCCAAGGGAAAGAGAUACCGCUGGUACUGAGUGAGGACACACUGCGCCCCUCCUGCCUUCCGGGGCAUUGCUACCUCUUCAGUGAAAAUGCCUCCUCCAGGCACCUCCUCUCUGUUGAUGCGUCACAGACAAGGUGUCCCCGCUCAUGUCGCAGCCAUGGUGAGGUGAAAUGGAACAGGCUGCUGUGUACUGCUGGC